ACAAAUGGCAAAACUAAAAAGUUUCCAAUGACGACGUGUCGAUAACUAAAAAGGAUCAAAGUUCCAUCCUUUCAGAGUUUAUCAGCUUCGCGCAGAGAUUACAAAUAUUCUUCAAACCCUAAUCGAGUUGUCUUCUUCUAUUUCGACAAUCUAAAUUGGAGAACGAGAAACCGUAAUCUUAGAUUUCAACUGGUGUUGAUUGGUUUCAGGAAUUCGAUUCUCAAUCGCCAUGGCUGAUAUCUCUUUCAAGUCGGAACACCCGCUGGAGAGGAGACAGAUUGAAGCUUCUCGCAUCAGGGACAAGUAUCCAGACAGAGUUCCAGUGAUUGUAGAGAAAGCUGAGAGAAGUGAUGUUCCCAAUAUCGACAAGAAAAAGUCAGUAGUAUACUUUUGCUUGAGGUUCCUUGUACCGGCUGAUCUAACCGUGGGGCAAUUUUUGUAUGUUGUCCGUAAAAGAAUCAAGCUGAGUGCAGAAAAGGCAAUCUUUGUCUUUGUCAAGAACACAUUGCCUCAAACUGCUGCAAUGAUGUCUGCAGUCUCUGAUGAGAACAAAGACGAAGAUGGGUUUCUCUACAUGACUUAUAGUGGAGAGAACACUUUUGGUUUGGUUUAAAAUCUGUCUACUUUUGAAGUGUUUUCAUGUACAUAUAUGCUAUGCUCUUUGAAUAUGGAGAAUUUUUUUAUGUUGCUUUGGACUGAUUAUAUGUAAAUUUUGCUUUGGAUUUUUUUCUUCU